UCGCGGAGCCUUGUGGGUAGCCGGCCGGGGUCUCCUGGCGACGACGAUGGCGGGGGAUGUGGGCGGUCGCAGCUGUGCGGACUCGGAGCUGCUGCUGCACCCGGAGCUGCUGUCGCAGGAGUUCCUUCUCCUCACCCUGGAGCAGAAAAACAUAGCCGUGGAAAAUGAUGUGAGAGUAAACAAAGACAAUCUUACUGAUCUUUAUGUCCAGCAUGCCAUCCCGUUGCCUCGGAGGGAUUUGCCAAAGAACAGAUGGGGGAAAAUGAUGGAAAAGAAAAGAGAACAACACGAGAUAAAACAUGAGACUAAAAGGAAUAGCACUGUAGAUGGAUUAAGGAAACGACCCCUCAUUGUAUUUGAUGGAAGCUCAACAAGUACAAGCAUAAAAGUGAAAAAAACAGAAAACGGAGAUAAUGAUCGACUCAAGGCUCCCCCUCAGGCAAGCUUUACCAGUAAUGCCUUUCGAAAAUUAUCAAAUUCUUCAAAUGUUGCACCCCUAAUUUUGUCUUCCAAUUUGCCUAUGAACAAUAAAACGGAACACAAUAAUAAUGACACUAAACAGAAUCAUGACUUAACGCAUAGGAAAAGUCCUUCGUGCGCUGUGAAGUCGCCACCUUUGUCCCCUGUGGGAACUACUCCUGUGAAGUUAAAGCGAGCUGCUCCUAAAGAAGAGGUGGAGGCCGUGAAUAACCUGAAGCCCCCAGAAGCAAAGAGGAAGAUACAGCAUGUUACAUGGCCAUGAAGGAAAGUUUCCAAAAAUGUAAAUAUAACUGUAAUUGUAGUUUUUCAAACAAGUUCACUUAUUUUGACAGUAUUCACAGAGAUCCUGAUUAUUGUGGAAUUUUCUUAAGAGGUUUAAAAUAGGUUCAAAAGAAUAAUCUUUUCUUCUUAUCCUUCCUUUUUAAAAGUUCUUGCUUUUCAUCUCCUGAUAGGGAAAGAAUUUCUUUUUAAAACAAUGACUUAGUAUACAUUCAUGUUUACCCUAGUCAAAUCAUUAGCUACAAGUCUGGCAUAAAGCAUUUAAUGAAUUUUAGGAAUUAUUCUCAUUAGUGUCUUUCAGAGUCUUUAGGGAAAUUUUUUUUUUUAAUUCAAAUAUUUUACGAGUUUUUCAUUUUUACUAAUUUCCUGUCCCAAGCAGAAGCAUAUAACAACUCAUCACAGUAUUUUCAUAAAUAUUGCCACAUUUACCCUCAGAGGUUCACCAGGGAAAGCAUCUUUUGUUGUACUGCUGUGCAACUAUUCAGAAUGGACAGCUAAAACUACUGCUCUUGAUUGCAUUGCUUCUUCCCGUAAAAUGCAAAAGGGAAGUCAGUGCUUGCUGUUCCUCUUUCUCUUGAAUUUGAGAUGGAAUUGACUGACUGCGGGCUCACUGAUCCAUCCUUGAAUGUGUUCUUGUCAAGCUUCAGUCAUAUCUCCUCUUCACGAGCAGUCUGAUCUCACUCCAUGAGUUCCACCAUUUCUCCCUGCUAGGAGCUUAAUCUCGCAGUGAAGUUAAUUUAAAGAUCUUCAGGCUGAGUCAUGUUGGAAGUGGUACCUGAUGGUAGUAAGUUUUGAGACUAGGGAGGAGUGUUAGAAUUGUAGAAUUGAGGAGAGUCCAGGAAGUGUUUCGGCGAGGGGGAUAAUCCGUAUGACCAGCAGUAGAGCUGCAGAGGCGCUACUAGAGCCAUAGGACAGAUGGACUCCCAGCUGGAUUCUGUGGUGUGGUACGGACAGCAUCCACACAGAAUUAUCGGCCAAGGGUUUUCAUUUAUUUUAUGUUCUGGUGACAUAGCCACUCUACUUGUGUGAUGGAAAUUAGAAAAUAGAGCUUACCUUCUAUCUUUAAGUUCUAGUGUCUACUUUUCUGCUGUGUAUUUCUAAUCAAAAGCAAAGGGUACUUUAUACUUUUUUCCAUUGUGUGAUUGAUCUUCAACACGUGUUAGAGGAGUCUCCUCUGUUGAUUUGUUAAAAGCAGCAUCGUAGUUCAGUUAUUGAGUAGCCCUGCAAAAAAUUAAUUCAGCCUUGCAGGUAAGUACUGCACCUAGACUCUAACCUGGUAGUUUUUAACCAUUUUGCCUUUAUUUGAGACUGUAAAUCUGUACACAUAAGACACAGUGGAUAUGAAAACAUUGUUAGUGUUAUAGUUAAUUGUCAAAUGUAUGAUUAUCUGCAGGGCUGAUGUGUGUGGUAUUGUUGAUGGGCAACUGUGAUCCUGUGCGUAAAUACAUGUUAAGGGUAAUUUUAAAAAUACAGAUUUUAGAGUAGGAUGACAAAGUAUAUUUUAUAUUCAGUUGUCCCCUCUGCUUUCAUCUAUACUUCUCUCUCAGUUAAGAGAGAGUUAGCCAUUUGACGAUUUUCAGUCAGUGGGAACUUAUUUUAGUUACUCAGCGAAAUUAAUUUUUAAUUUGUAUAUUUAACUUACAGAGUAGGUUGAUAAUAACAGCUGAACUGUGUAACAUUGUUGCUUCAAAUUGAAGUUUAUAUUAUGAACAUUCAGAGCCAAUGCUCGUGUAGCAGCAUACUAUUGAGGUGUUUUGAGUGUGAGGCGUGGAGAAGCACUGAAUCAUGUACUCCAGUUGCCAUCACCCCACCAUUGUAGAGCUGUGCCUGUGAGUGUGCGGGGUACGGCAUGUCUCCAGGUGGCUGUCCGCGCACUGAGGCCGGCUGAGUGACGGCAGUGUGGAGCAGCAGCAUGGUGGGUGUCACCCAAGGGGGUGGGCUGGCUUGAAAGGUUUCAAGGACUCGCUGUGAAUGGUGAACGCUUUUGAAAUACCCCUCCCUCACUACUGUGGGUUGAUGUUGUCACUCUUGAGUCUACAUUGCAGGGCAGCUAGUUGUUUUUAUUACUGGAGUAGGCCAGUAGAUGGCGUUGGAGCCAGUGGGUGGCUUGUGAGGCGUAGUUAUGGGUACCACUUCCUGUCUCUUUAGUGGGAGGGCCUUGUUUUUUUUCUCCUUUUCCCUCUUUGUUUUCUUUUUCCCCUUUUUCUGCCUUCCCUGUAUGCUUGCUUUCUUUACUUUCAUUCUCCUUUCUCCUUUCUGUAGAUCUUAAGCUUCAGGCUUAAAUUUGCCAAUUAUAUUUCUUUGGCCUACUCAUUCACUUAAGGGUGAAGCUAGGCUGACUCCCAAUCCUCUUGCAUUUGAGGGAUCAUCGACUGCUGUGUGGACUCUGGAAAGCCUCAAGACCCUGCACUGAACCGCUUGCCAGUGGCUGUGUAAGCAGGCCGGUUUUCCAAAGUAGCCUUAGGAUCUAGACAGCUACCAGGCUGUUCGAAGUUUGGUUGUUCUGCUGCUGCUACUAGGAGGCCAUUAUAUAUUUGCUAGUAUUAAAAAAUCUUCAGGAUUGGAAUUAUUAUUUGAAAUUAUAUUUUGGUUGACUUAAGUUUUGAGAGAUGAUUCUAAAACUGAGCUAGAGACUCAUUCAAUAGCAAUGACUUUUUUGAAACUUACAUUAAGUAAAACUGCCAGUAGAUUAAACCACAUGUGUAUGUAAGAGCUUCCUCUAUUUACUACCGUGGAACUUUAGUCAUUUUUAGAGGCAACAAAAUGGUCAAAACGUUUUUAAGUGUGCUCUUUUAUUAAAUGCUUGUGCAGGUUUUGUAAUUCAGUACCGAAAAGUUUAACCUUGUAAUGUACAUUUUUGUAUGUAAAAAAGUCUUUUACGUAGCCUUAUCCUUAUUUAAAUAAACCAAAUAAAAUUAUCAUGAGUAAGUC